GGUCCCUCUCUGUCGCCCAUGCUCAUUCAGGAAGCGUCUGUGUGUACAACCCUUUGCAGCUCCCCCUCCUGGCCCCUGUCCCUGGGGUGGUGGGGCUGCUCUCCGAGGUGUGCGCCCAAGGAAAGCACCAGCUCAGGGGGCGCGGGCAGCAGCCAGGGCCUCUGCGGCCAGGGCAUGCCCAUCUGUUCGGCCUAGCUGAGCCUUUGCUCUGGGGGGCACAAGCAUGCCUGUCCCCCAGACCCGCCCCAGAGUACAAGCCCUGAGGCCACACUGGACACCAGCCCAGGACGUCUCAUAUCCUGGUAUCUAAGGUUUGCACUUCCACCGAGAGAAAGUCAGGGUGAGGAGCCAACGUCUCUCCUCUAGGCGGUGCUUGUCUGUGCUAACGACUGCUGGGUCUCUGAGUUUGGAGAGGUGGCCGUCCUGGAUGUGCGCCACGCACAGGGGAAUGUGCCUCUCAGCGGGCCCCCCGAGAAAGCCAGGGCAGGGACUCCCCCUGGCCCAGCUUGCUCAGGGCCCCUGGUCACUGGCGGCCAGUGCUGGUCCAUGAGCUCAGCCCUGCCUCCGUCAGGCUGUGGCCACGUCGCCAGGUAAGGAUGCCACCCUCGGGGCUGCAGAAGGCAACGCUGCUGGGCCUCCAGGCCAGGCUGGUGGAUCCGAGGCCUGGACUUCUCCCAAAGCUUCUUCCGGCUGCAGCUUGUGGCUGACUGUUCCUCUGUCCCUGGGCAUCCAGCUUGCCUGCAGGAGGCGGCUGCAAGCUGCCCACUCUGCCAGAAAGUGACCCCGCUCGCUUCAGCUUUUGUCCCAGACAGGGAGUAUGUGUCUGCAACCUCUGACCUAGGCGCUUACCCUCCGUCCCCAUUAUGGACUGCCCUGUCUGUGUGGGGAGCCGGGCAGAAGGGCAGGGGCCUGUGGGGUCCUCUGCAGCGGCCACGCCAGCUUUCUUCCCGCCUGUCUCUUCUUUCUCCUGCCGCAUCGUCUGAAGUAGCCUGGGUUUUCAUCCGACUGUUGUAUGUUUCAGUUUGUAGGUGUAUUUGAUUUGAUUUUUUUUUUUAUUAUGUUUAAGUUCUUUUUAUUUCGUGCUCUAGGUUUUAAGGUUUUUCUAAUUUCUUAAUUUUUUUUUGUUUUUUGUUUUGUCUUUUUGUUUUUAUGUGCUGUAUUUUCAGUGUUUUAACCAAACAGUUGUGGCUACUCAUGGUGAGGAAUGACCGCUAAGAGUUUGGGUUCUUUGCAUUUGGAGGUCACUGCCACACGUUGGUGUUUAGGAGGUUGAGAGGUUUGCUGCUAGUAAUUUGCACACCCAGCGUGGGGCUCGAACUUACUACCCCGAGAUCAAGAGUCACAUGCUCCACCGAUGGAGCCAACCAGGCACCCCUCCAGGGAGAUUCUUAAGUGUCAACAGGACGAGAUGUCCGAGUCCGGCCAGUCCUCGGCGGCUGCCACACCCAGCACCACCGGCACCAAGUCCAACACGCCCACGUCCUCCGUGCCUUCGGCCGCCGUCACGCCGCUCAAUGAGAGCCUACAGCCCCUGGGGGACUAUGGUGCCGGCACGAAGGGCAGCAAGCGGGCCCGGGAGAAGCGCAACAGCCGCAACAUGGAGGUCCAGGUCACGCAGGAGAUGCGGAACGUCAGCAUAGGCAUGGGCAGCAGUGACGAGUGGUCUGAUGUUCAAGACAUUAUCGAUUCCACCCCAGAGCUGGACAUGAGUCGGGAACCCCGCCUUGAUCGCACGGGCAACAGCCCGACCCAGGGGAUCGUGAACAAGGCUUUUGGCAUCAACACUGACUCCCUGUACCACGAGCUGUCAACCGCAGGGUCAGAAGUCAUUGGGGACGUGGAUGAAGGAGCAGAUCUGCUAGGAAUGGGCAAGGAAGUGGGGAAUCUGCUUCUGGAGAACUCACAGCUUCUGGAAACCAAAAACGCUCUGAAUGUGGUGAAGAAUGACCUCAUCGCCAAGGUGGACCAGCUGUCUGGGGAGCAGGAGGUGCUCAAGGGGGACUUGGAAGCUGCCAGACAGGCCAAACUCCGGCUGGAGGGCCGCAUCAAGGACCUGGAGGAGGAGCUGAGGAGAGUAAAGUCAGAGGCCAUCAUUGCCCGCCGUGAGCCCAAAGAAGAGGUGGAGGAUGUAAGCAGCUAUCUCUGUACAGAAUUGGACAAGAUCCCCAUGGCACAGCGCCGCCGCUUCACGCGGGUGGAGAUGGCCCGUGUGCUCAUGGAGCGCAACCAGUACAAGGAGAGGUUGAUGGAGCUCCAGGAGGCCGUGCGGUGGACUGAGAUGAUUAGAGCAUCCCGAGAACAUCCGUCCGUCCAGGAGAAGAAGAAGUCCACCAUCUGGCAGUUCUUCAGCCGCCUCUUCAGCUCCUCCUCCAGCCCCCCUCCGGCCAAGCGGUCCUACCCGUCAGUGAACAUCCAUUACAAGUCGCCCACCACAGCCGGCUUCAGCCAGCGCCGCAGCCACGCAAUGUGCCAGAUCUCGGCUGGCAGCCGACCUCUGGAAUUCUUCCCUGAUGAUGACUGCACGUCCUCCGCCCGCCGGGAGCAGAAGCGCGAGCAGUACCGCCAGGUGCGCGAGCACGUGCGCAACGACGAUGGGCGGCUGCAGGCCUGCGGCUGGAGCCUGCCGGCCAAAUACAAGCAGCUCAGUCCGAAUGGAGGCCAGGAGGACACGCGGAUGAAGAACGUGCCCGUCCCCGUGUACUGCCGCCCUCUGGUGGAGAAAGACCCAACCAUGAAGCUGUGGUGUGCUGCCGGCGUCAACCUGAGUGGCUGGAAACCCAGUGAGGAGGACUCUGGGAACGGAGUCAAGCCGGUGCCGGGCCGUGACCCUCUGACCUGCGACCGGGAAGUGGAAGGAGAGAGCAAGAGCAAUCACACGUCCCCCGAGAAGAAGGCCAAAGAGCUCCCUGAGCCAGAUGCCACCUCCAGCCGUGUGUGGAUCCUCACCAGCACCCUGACCACCAGCAAAGUGGUCAUCAUUGACGCCAACCAGCCAGGCACCGUGGUGGACCAGUUCACCGUCUGCAACGCCCAUGUCCUCUGCAUCUCCAGCAUCCCAGCGGCCAGUGACAGUGACUACCCUCCGGGGGAGAUAUUCCUGGACAGCGAUGUGAACCCUGAGGACUCCAGUGCCGACGGCGUGCUGGCGGGCAUCACCCUGGUGGGCUGUGCCACCCGCUGCAACGUGCCACGCAGCAACUGCUCCUCCCGAGGGGACACCCCAGUGCUGGACAAGGGCCAGGGGGAGGUGGCUACUGUCACCAACGGGAAGGUCAACCCAUCUCAGUCCACGGAGGAGGCCACAGAGGCCACAGAGGUGCCAGACUCUGGGCCCAGUGAGGUGGAGGCAGCUGCGGUGCGGCCUGGGCCCCUCACGGAGCACGUCUUCACCGACCUGGCCCCCGCCCCAGCCCCCAGUGCGCAGCCUGGCAGCGAGAACGGGUCAGAGGCCGACACCAGUGGUGUGCAACCCGAGCCAGAGCCCAGCGCAGACCCUGCGGGGGCUAGCACCAGUGCUGCCCCCACGAUGUGGCUGGGAGCCCAGAACGGCUGGCUCUACGUGCACUCAGCCGUGGCCAACUGGAAAAAGUGUCUGCACUCCAUCAAGCUGAAGGACUCCGUGCUGAGCCUGGUGCAUGUGAAAGGGCGAGUGCUGGUGGCCCUGGCAGAUGGGACUCUGGCCAUCUUCCACCGAGGCGAAGACAGCCAGUGGGACCUGAGCAACUACCACCUGAUGGACCUGGGCCACCCACACCACUCCAUCCGCUGCAUGGCCGUGGUGUGCGACCGCGUCUGGUGUGGCUACAAGAACAAAGUGCAUGUUAUCCAGCCCAAGACCAUGCAGAUCGAGAAGUCAUUUGACGCCCACCCGCGGCGGGAGAGCCAGGUGCGGCAGCUGGCAUGGAUCGGGGAUGGGGUGUGGGUGUCCAUCCGCCUGGAUUCCACGCUGCGUCUCUACCACGCCCACACCCACCAGCACCUGCAGGAUGUGGACAUCGAGCCCUACGUCAGCAAGAUGCUGGGCACAGGCAAGCUGGGCUUCUCCUUCGUGCGGAUCACGGCCCUGCUCAUCGCGGGCAACCGCCUCUGGGUGGGCACCGGCAACGGAGUGGUCAUCUCCAUCCCGCUGACCGAGACCGUGGUCCUGCACCGAGGCCAGCUCCUGGGGCUCCGAGCCAACAAGACAUCCCCCACCUCUGGGGAGGGGGCCCGCCCCGGGGGUGUCAUCCAUGUGUAUGGUGACGACAGCAGUGACAAAUCGGCCAGCAGCUUCAUCCCCUACUGCUCCAUGGCCCAGGCCCAGCUCUGCUUCCAUGGGCACCGUGACGCCGUCAAAUUCUUCGUGUCGGUGCCAGGGAACGUGUUGGCCACUCUCAAUGGCAGCGUGCUUGACAGCCCAUCCGAGAGCCCAGGGCCCGCCGCCCCUGCCUCCGAUGCCGAGGGCCAGCUGAAGAACGUGCUGGUGCUGAGUGGCGGGGAGGGCUACAUCGACUUCCGCAUUGGGGACGGAGAGGAUGACGACACGGAGGAGAGCACCGGGGACGUGAACCAGGUGAAGCACCUGCUGUCCAAGGCAGAGCGCAGCCACAUCAUCGUGUGGCAGGUGUCCUACAGCCCCGAGUGAGGCUCCUGGCUCCCACCCCGCCUGCCCGCUGCCCAUGUACAUACAGCCCCGCCCCACAGGCAGCCCGCGCCCGCCCCUCGUAGAACCUCUCAACCUGCAGCUUUCACCUUAGGGCCGGGAGAGCGGGCGGUGGCACAGGUCUGGCUGGGAGGUGGAGCAGGGUGCUGCUCUCGCCCCAAGGGGAAGAACCUCUCAGGACGCCUUCCCCAGCGGUUUCUGGUUGGCCCCACGUUCUCCCGACCCAGGGGCGCUUCAGGGCCAGAGCCAGGCAGGAUCCCGGGCAGGUCGGGCCGAGAAGCCUCUGCUGGGGGCUCCCAGCUCCACCCGGGCCGCCUCUCUCUUGCUCCUAGGAUCCCCCAGGGCAGGGAGCAGGGAGCUCAGCCCCCCAGGUCUUCCCUGCCGGAGCCCAUUUGCCUUUCUUUGCCUGUUGCCUAAAGGGGUGGGCCUGACCCAAGGAGCCAGCCUAGCCCCUGGCCUUCCCUGGACUCCCCCCCCCCCACCCCGAUGCCUGCCACCCCGGGACUUGGCAUGAAAGCACGUACCCAGGCUGCCUCUGGCAGCUACUUGAGAAGACAGAGACAGAUGCUCUCUUCCCGCUCACCCUGCGUGACAGGCCCCACCUCUCCCUGGGUGGAAGAGCCACCCAUAGGAGCAGGCUCCGGAGACCUACCCCCACCCCCCCGAAUCCCCAGGGUGGAAUUUCUCAGGCUGCCAGGGCAGGCCCAGGCCUCAGGAAGAAGGGGAGGCCCCUGGCCUCUCCUGGGGUCGGUCCUAGGACACAGGCUCAGCCUCGGGAAUGGGGGACACGUGGUCUGGGGCCUGCCUCCCACAGUCGCCAAGGAGCCCGGCUCCCCAGACACACUAUGAAGUGCCUCGGGCUAGCAGUGUGGCCUGCUCCCUCGAGGGCAACUGAAGACAGCCUGCAGGCCUGGGGGGAGCUGCCUCUGCUCUAGGCUGGGAUGCCACUUGGAGGGGUGCCUGGACCCACACCUCCUUGACCUGCCCCAGGGCAGGCCUUGCUCCUGCUCAAGAGGCACUGAUGGGGGCAGGCCCAGGCCCUGCUGCCCACCCACCUCCCACCAGAAAAGCACAGAUCUUGGGCAGCCGCCCCACGAGCCCAGCCGGCCACCGCCACAGCCGCGUGCAGCUGCAGGCUUCUCCCCACCACCCUGCCACUGUCCACUGUGAUGUCCGUCCAGUCCCUUGUCUGUUCCCACGGGGCCGUGAAGUGACUCGGGGGCUAGCCGGGUGGGUGCAGCUGGGGGAAGGGGCUGGGUGGGGAUUCUCCUCAGG